AUGAAUCCUAAGGUUUAAUAAAUCAUUGAAAUAUACAAAUAAAUUGUUUAGAACUUAAAAUUAGAACCCAAAAGUGAAAUUAAUAUGUAAAUUAUAAGUAGGUUCAUAAUAUUAGAUAAGAGAUUAAAAACGAGGAAAAUUAUUGUAUUAUUUUUUAAAUUCUUUUUCCAUUCUUAGAAGAUGAAAUAGAGAAUAUUAAAAAUUAAAGAAUUUAAGCAGGAGAAAAGAUAAAUGCACUAAUUGAAUUUUUAGUAAUAAUAUAAAUAGAAUACUCUUAGUCAAAUUAAGUUUUGAAUACUAAUUUAUCACAUAUAAGUGGCCCUAAAAUAGUAUAAGGAGAUUUAAAGCAUAUAUCAAAUUUUUUAUAAAUUUUGUAAGAGUUAUCCAAGCUUUAUAAGGAUAAAGUAUUGAAUCCCAACAUUAAUAGUUAACAAGAUUAUUUAGCAAAUGAUUCAAAUUCUUAACCUUCAGAGUAAAAUUCAUAAAAAUUAGAUUAGAUAUGUUGAGUAUUUUGAUAAUUCUCAAGAUGAAUAAUAAAUAUACCAUGAAGAAGAAAAUGACCUUUUACAAAAACCGAACAAAUAAUAGAUCUAAUAUUAAGUUAUUAAUUCAAAAUAACGAAAUAAUAAAUCUCUUGAUAAAUAUUCUUAAAAAAAAGAAGAUAGAAAAUCAUCAUAAGUUAAAUAUGAACAAGAAAUUAAUCAAUAAAAAAGACCUAUUAGAUCUCAUUCAUUUUAAAAAACUUCAUCUAAUAGAUCAAAGUCUCAACAAAAAAAACCAAGAGUAUUUACAAAAGAAAAAUACUCAGAAAAUACACAGUCUUCAUAUGAUUAAUAACAUACUUUUGAUUUUGAUACUCUAAAUAUAAGUGAAAUAGAUUAUAAAUUUUUAUAAUAAUAUGAUGAAAAAGACAUAGAAUAGUUGGAUGAAAAUGAUCCAAUUAAAAAAAAAUAUAUAAUAGAAAAAAAAAAAGAAGACGUACUAAAAAUAUUAUAAGAAAAAAUAUUACAAGAAGAAAAAAAUCAAAAUUGCCCUGUUAUUGAUAAUUAAUUAGAUAUUUAAAUUCAAAAUAUUAAAUAAUGUCUAAAGAAAUUAAAACCCAAACCUAUUACUGAAGAUAUAGAGAAUAUCAACGAACAAAAAAAUGAAUAUAAGAAUUUCUAAUAAGUAUAAUUAUAAAAUCUUCAACAUAAUAAAUCAAUUUAAAAUUAAUAGUAAUAGAAUAAUCAUCCGAGAAUCAGUACUAAAAUAAAAUAGAAAGAUUCAUUAAGAAAUUAAUUUGAAAAUGUUCAUUUGGUUAUGUAACUUAAAUUAAGAGAUGAAAAAUUGAAUUAUCUAAAAAAAAUGUAUAUGCUAUUGUUUUGUUAGUCACCGAAUAGUUUUUGAGUUGGAGAAAAGAUAAGUAAUAGAUGAAAAAAAUGAUCAAAAAUAAGCUAGAAGACAAUAAAAUAUUCUGGCAAGGAAUAUUUUAGAUUAAUAUGAAAGUUCUUUUGAUGAUUAAAUAAUAUUUUUGAAAGAUAAAAUAUAAAAACAAAGAAAAGAUCGAUUAUAUGAAGGUAUAUCUCAAAAAUCAGUAUUUGAAUUUUUUAUUCUUAGAUAUUAUCUAAAUUAGAAAAAGAACUUAAAGAAGAAAAAAUCAAAGACAUUUAAAAAUAAAAAGAAAUUUGGAAAUAUGAUAAAGAGAAAUUUGAAUAAUUAAUGAAAGAUGAUGGAGAAUUAGAAAAAAAAAUACUUCAAAUAUAUAAAAAAUAUUGA